UGUGGUUGUCGUCGUGCCUCGUUUGACAGUUGUUUGACAUUUCCAACUGCGCUGUUUGUUUUUAUUCGGUGAAACUUUUACAAAUUAUAGGAAAUGUUUAAUCAGAGUUCAAUCGGCGGCUUUGGGGGCACCCCCACGCCGAGUUCAGCAAACCCGAUGAAGGACUUCGAAGUAACGCAGCCCCCGGACGAUUCGAUAAGUUCUUUGGCGUUCUCUCCGGCAACGCUCCCCCAGAAUUUUUUAAUAGCCGCAAGUUGGGACAACAACGUGCGUUGUUGGGAAAUCGAGCAAACGGGGAAAAGCGUCCCCAAAUCCAUGCAAGCGUGUGGGGGCCCCGUACUUGACGUGUGUUGGAGUGACGAUGGCACAAAAGUGUUUAUGGCGGGGUGUGAUAAACAGGCCAAGGCCUGGGAUUUGGGCAGUAACCAGGUGAUACAAGUUGCGCAACAUGAUGCCCCCAUUAAGACUUGUCACUGGAUAAAGGCUUCGAACUAUUCGUGUUUAAUGACCGGGUCUUGGGACAAGACUCUCAAAUUUUGGGACACGCGCACCCCUAACCCCAUGAUGAGUAUUAAUCUACCUGAGAGGUGUUACUGUGCCGAUGUGGAUUACCCUAUGGCGGUGGUUGGGACCGCAGGGCGCCAGAUCAUUGUCUACCAGCUAGACGGCAAGCCCCAGCAGUACAAAGUGCUUGAUAGCCCCCUCAAAUACCAGCACCGCUGUGUGGCCAUUUUUAGGGAUAAAAAGAAGUCUCCAACUGGGUACGCUUUAGGUUCGGUGGAAGGCCGCGUCGCCAUCCAAUACGUUAACCCGGCAAACCCCAAAGACAAUUUUACGUUUAAGUGCCACAGAUCCAACGGGGCACCGAACGGCUAUCAGGACAUUUACGCCGUCAAUGACAUUGCAUUCCACCCAGUCCAUGGCACUUUGGCCACUGUUGGGUCCGAUGGGUCUUUCAGUUUCUGGGAUAAGGACGCACGCACCAAAUUGAAAUCUUCUGACCUUAUGGAACAACCAAUCACGCGGUGCGCUUUCAACAGCAAUGGGCAAAUCUUCGCCUACGCUGUUAGCUACGACUGGUCCAAAGGACACGAAUUUUACAAUUCAACCAAGAAGAAUUACAUUUUCUUGCGGUCAUGUUAUGAUGAAUUGAAACCACGAACCUCUUCAUAAUUGCUUACUUUUUUCAACUGUAAUCAGGCUUAAUAAUUUGGUCCACAUUAUGUAUUUACAUUUAUUUAAACAAUUACAAGUUACUACAAGCACAA